GCAGCUGAGCGCGGGGAGCGCGGAUUGCAGCCGCGCCGAGCCCCGGCCAUGGGCGCCGCGCCGGGGGCUCCCGCCCGCGGGCUCGCCGGCUGCCUGCUGCUGCUCGCCGCGCUGCUCCAGGGCCAGGCUCGAGACUUUGCCUCGGAGGAGCCGAACAUGGUGGGCCGGAAGGCAGCGGGGAGCUCUGAGGCUGAGGGGGACCAGACGGUGCCCCCCACUCCGGACGAGCUGGAGGGCGAGGUCCGCUUUGUCACCACAGCCCCCACGCUGACGCUGCUCAACCAUCACCCCCUGCUGGAGGAGUUCCUGCACGAGGCCCUGGCGAAGAAGGACUAUCUGAGGCAGGUGCCCUUCCUCACGUGGGGCCUGGGGGGGCCAGGCCCGGUCAUGCCUGACGUGCCAGGGCGGAUCACCCAGACCCCCAGAGCCAACCUGCCAAACCAAGAUGACCUUCCGGUGUUUUCUGACCUGACCACAUCCCUCACUGUGCCAGCCACGGCCCCCGUGACCAUGACCAGCACCACGGCCCUGGUGGGAGAGAAGGCCAAGGCCAGAGACACAGAGAGGACCCCAGAAAUGGUCAAGCCAGCGUUCACCGCCGAGCUGCUGACCACGGCUGCAGGCCACAUGGCGUCAUGGGCAGAUCCCCGGCCAGCCGGCCCCGAGAGCAACUCUGCCUCUGUCCCCACGGAGCCUCCCAUUACCCCCGCGCCUGCCAUCUCCCAGGCCGCCCUACCCAACCCGGGUCAAGCCACCACCACCAUGGUGACCAGCAACACCCCGACCGCCAUCACCCCCACAGCCCGAUUUGUCUCACCGCGGGCACCCAGCCCAGUGCUGCCAAGGGCCAAGGAUCCCGGGAUGGAGGCUGCCACCACAGCCACGGUUUCUGGGGACGACGAGGAAACCACCACAACCACCAUCAUCACCACAACCACCAUCACCACGGUGCAGGUGCCAGCUCCGUGCAACUGGAACCUCACGGGCCCCGAGGGCUCCUUGGAGUCUCCGGAGCCGGUCAGUUCACCCUACGACAGCCUGGACUGCACCUACACCAUCUCCGGGUACCCUGGCUACGGCGUGGAGAUCAAGGUCCUGAACAUCAGCCUGUUGGAAGGGGAGACGGUCGCCAUGGAGACCUUCGGGGGCGCAGAGCCUGUCGUCCUGGCCAACGAAACCUUCCUCAUGAGGGGCCAGGUGAUCCGCAGCCCGACCAAUCGGGUCAGCGUGCGGUUCCGGAGCCCCCAGCCCUCCAGCCCUGGCACCUUCCGCUUCCGCUUCCAAGCCUAUCUGCUGAGCUGCAGCUUCCCCUCCCGACCGGCCUACGGCGAUGUCUCCGUCACCAGCCUGCACCCUGGGGGCAGCGCCCACUUCUACUGCGCCACGGGGUACCAGCUGCAGGGCCCGCCUGCGCUCACCUGCCUCAACGCCACCCGGCCCUUCUGGAGCAGCCGGGAGCCCGUCUGUGUGGCGGCCUGCGGGGGGGUGAUCAGAAAUGCCACCAUCGGACGCAUCAUCUCGCCCGGUUUCCCAGGCAACUACAGCAACAACCUGACUUGCCACUGGCUGCUGGAGGCCCCAGAGGGCCAGCGCCUGCACCUGCACUUUGAGAAGGUCUCGCUGGCUGAGGAUGAUGACAGGCUCAUCAUCCGGAACGGGAAGGACAUUGAGGCACCGCCGGUGUACGACUCGUACGAGGUGGAGUACCUGCCCAUCGAGGGGCUGCUCAGCACUGCUCGCCACUUCUUCCUCGAGCUCACCACCGACAGCAGCGGCGCCUCCGCCGGCGUGGCGCUCCGCUACGAAGCCUUCGAGCAGGGGCACUGCUAUGAGCCCUUCGUCAAGUACGGGAACUUCACCACCAGCGACGCCACCUAUGCCGUGGGCACCAGCGUGGAGUUCAGCUGCGACCCCGGCUACACCCUGGAGCAGGGUUCCAUCAUCAUUGAGUGCGUGGACCCCAGCGACCCCCAGUGGAACGAGACGGAGCCGGCGUGCCGAGCUGUGUGCAGCGGGGAGAUCACAGACUCGGCGGGCGUGGUGCUGUCCCCCAACUGGCCGGAGGCCUAUGGCAAGGGCCAGGACUGCAUCUGGGGCCUGCACGUGGAGGAGGACAAGCGCAUCAUGCUGGACGUCCAAGUGCUGCGCAUCGGGAAGGGCGACGUCCUCACGUUCUACGAUGGGGAUGACCUGACGGCCCGGAUCCUGGGCCAGUACACGGGCGCCCACCGCCGCUUCAAGCUCUACACGGCCAUGGCCGACGUCACCAUCCAGUUCCAGUCGGACCCCGGCGGCGCUGUCUUCGGCUACCAGCAGGGCUUCGUCAUCCACUUCUUCGAGGUUCCACGCAACGACACGUGCCCCGAGCUGCCCGAGAUUCCCAACGGCUGGAAGACCACGUCCCACCCCGAGCUGAUCCACGGCACCAUGGUGAACUACCACUGCUACCCCGGCUUUGAGCUCGUGGGCACGGACCUGCUCAUGUGCCACUGGGACCUGACCUGGAGUGGGGACCUGCCCACCUGUGAGAGAGUGACCGCCUGCAAGGACCCCGGGGACGUGAACCACAGCCGCAGGAUCAUCUCCAGCUCCAAGUUCCCCGUGGGCUCCACCGUGCAGUUCGUCUGCGACAAGGGCUACGUCCUGACGGGGGGCGGCCUGCUGACCUGCCGGGACCGCCAGGCCGGGGGCCCCAAGUGGAGCGACCGCCUCCCCAAGUGCACCCCGGAAGUAUAUGAGCCUUGCCACAACCCGGGCGCCCCAGAGCACGGCGUCCAGACCCCGGAGAAGAGGCUGUACCAGGCGGGGGCCACCCUGCGCUUCUCAUGUGCCACGGGCUACGUGCUGCAGGGGGAGGGGAGCCUCCGCUGUGUGCCCGGCCACCCCUCGCAGUGGAACAGCUCUCCCCCCAUCUGCAAGGCCGUUGCUUACGAUGAAUUUUACAGCAACCGCAACCUGGACGUCGCAAAGGUCUCGCCCUCGGGGAACCCGCAGGAGGGCCCCAACAUUGCCAUCGCCAUCUUCCUGCCAGUGCUGGUCGUAGCGCUGCUCAUUGGAGGCAUUUACCUCUACUUCUCCAAGCUCCAGGGGAAACCGUCCCUGCAGCUGCCCCUGUCUGGUUCUCACCCCUACGAUCACAUCACCGUGGAAUCGGCCUUUGACAACACCGCCUACGAGACAGGAUCUGUUUCCUUUCCAGGACACGAGGGAAUAUGAAGUUUCCAUCUAGGCCGAGCUGAGCUGAGCCGAGCCGGGAGAAGGGGCCGCCCCAGCAGCACUGUCCUCGGCCCCCCAUGCCGACGGGCCCCUCCGGACACCCCGCCGGCGUCCUGCGGGAAGGGACUGUAAAUAUUGUCCCCAAGAGACUCUGCCCAAGCGCUUUCCAGGAGGAGCCAGCGGCCCAGCUCCCCUCCCCGGCCUGGCCCCUUCCUGCCGGCGCUGCCCUGCCCAGCCCCAGCCCCCAGCCCAGCAGGGUCUGUGCACAGAGAAACUGGGAGGCUCUGGGCUCCAUGUGGGUGUGAUGGGCCCUGGACUCUCUGUCACGCCGCAUGGAGCUGUGCACAGGACCUGCCAGGCCAGGCCAGAGCCAACCACACGGCCUCCUGCUCCUGCCCACAGCGACCAGGGAUAACACCGUGCCCGUGGGGCUGGGCUCUGCAGUCUCCCUCCCAUCGCCAGCCUGGCCCAGCCCAGAGCAGGGGAAAGGGAGCCAAGGAGACGCUUUAUUCCCACGAACCUGUUCAGCCCCUCGUGUCCCAGGUGCUGAGCUGUAGCUCGUGGGGUCUGAACCGGGCCCUGCGUACUCCAGGUGUGAGGAGCCUGCUGCCGAGUUGGCUCCAGGGCUUCAGCUUCACUCUCAGCCGGGAGGAUUCUUGCCCUCGUGCUUGUGGAAAAUCUGACCCGAGUGUCAGCGCCGCAGCAUCGCCUGCCUGAGUGUGCAGCCAGCCUGAGGCAGCCGCAUGCAGAGCUGUGCGCUGCCCCAUGGACUCUGCCAAUCUGCAGCCGUGGACUCCCCCGUGUCCCAGGACAGGCCAAUGUCAGUAUGCAUGCCAUGGAAUUGGACGUUUUGCAGUCGCUGUCUCCUGCUCCUCAGCCGGGGAGUGACUGGAUUCCAGCACCUGCUCCCCGUACCGCUCCCUGGAGCCAGAGCCGAAUCCUGCCUGCAGCCAGGGAGCUGGGGCAGCUGGCCAGCCGGGAUAACAGUGCAGUCUGGGGAGCCAGGGAGAUGAGCUGCUGAAGCCAAAUGCAAGUUUGCCCUCCUCUGGCACCUACUGGAUGGUGCAGGAGAAGGAGGCUCUGAGCCUGGCUCAUGGGAGCAAAACACCCAGCCCUGGAACUACUCAGAGACACAUUGUACCUCGAUGAGUGUUUGCAACUCCCCACCCUCCCUCUGUGUGUGUAGCAGGGGUAGCAGAAUGCAGGGCAUUUCAGUGGCUCGUGGUCGUAGGCUAGAGGAAUGCUGGCAUGGCACUGUGCCCUGAAUAUCAAGCACUGCAUCUCGCUGUGUGAGACACCUAAGUCACCCGCCAGUAACACAGCCCUGCCCCUGCUGCCAGCCUCCAGGGCCAGUGUAAAAACGACAUUCACAUUAGAAUUCUGUAAAAUCAACCUGGUAGUAAUAGGUCUGCAAAUGUCACUGUAGGUGGGGAAUCGUCAUCAAACAGGUGUGUGUCCCGGGGGGCAGUUCACGGCCCUGUGCUAUUUAACAUCAUCAGUAGAAAACACCAAAUCAUCACCGAUAAAGUUUGCAGAUGACACACAACGGGGGGUGUGGUACACAAUGAAGAGGCCAGGUCACUGCUAAGAGCAAUACGGAUUGCUUGGUAAACUGUGUUUGAAUCCUGCUAAAUGUCAAUGUGGAGGAGCAGAGACUGCAGGCUGUGUUACAGGCUGGAGGACUUGUCAUGCCAAGCAGAGACUGCAAAAAGCUUUUCCCUCUGUGUGUGGCACUGGCGCAACCGCUGCUGGGAUCCUGGUCCAGUUCUGGGGUCCACAAGUCAAGGAGGGUGUUAAAUUGGGGAGGGCUCAGAGAAGAGCCCCGAGAACGAGGAACGGGUUAGAAAACCUGCCUUCUAGUGAGAGACUCCAAGAGCUCCGACUCUGUAGCUUAGCAAAGAGAAGGUUCUGGGUGACUUGAGCCCAGUCUACAGGUAUCUACAAGAAGAACAAACAUUUGAUAGUGCGCUGGCUCUUCCAUCUAGCGGAGAAGGGUCUAACCCGGCCAGCGGCUGGAAGCUGAAGCUAAGCAGUUCACACUGGCACAAGUAAGGUGGAAAUUGUUAGCAGUGAGAGGAAUUCCCAUUGGAACAACUGACCCAGAGCUGGGGUGGAUUCUCCGUCACUGACCAUUUUAAAAUCAGGACGGGCUGUUUUUCUAACAGUUCUGCCCAAGGGAUUACUGGGGCGGGUCUCAGGCCUGUGCUGUACGGGGCUCAGGCUGGGUGGUCACAAGGGACCCUUGUGGCCUUGGGAUCUAGGAGAAAGCCCGAAGGGCAGGGCCCAGACUCCCCCGCACUCCCUUUGCAUGAGCAGCAGCAGGCCUGCAUCUUCCCGCAGGGUGCAACAAGCUGCCAUUGCAGUGGGGUUCGUGGGAGAACUACAUGGCUUAGAGUGGGGGCAUCCCCAGCCCAGGGAGCAAGCCCCCUCCCCCCCGGUUUAAAGGGGUGCUCCUGAGCCAAACAGGCAGAUUCCAGUGGCCCUGGCUAGGGCCCAGCCUGGACAGAGAUGGCUCCCAGCACAGUGCAGCGUGUUCAGAUGCAGGCCAUGAGGAGGUGCUGGCCAUCCCCUGGGUACAGCGGCUGCAGUGUUCCUGCCAUGCAGGUCAGAGACGAAGUGGUGGUAAGAUGGGCCUGGGCCAAGGACCCGGCCCCUGGGGCAGAGACAGCUCUAACGUGCUCUGGCCUAGCUGCCCCAUGGUCUGGGGAGGGCAUAAAGCAGCUAAUGCUGACCAGCAAGGGGGUGGCCCAGGCAGGGUUGAGUGGGCAAGCACAGGGCACGGUCUCUUGGCCUGGCACAGAGAGAGACGGGGGGGUCUUGCACUCUAUGGGAGCCGCAGGACUACAAUGCAACACCAGGCUCAGGGCCUGCAGAAGGGGCAGCAGCGACCCCAGGCUGCGGCUCAGCCCCAUGGCCGAGUCUCAUUGAGGGGAGCCCCCGGCUGCCCAGGGGGCACUGGAGGAGGAUGGGCCCAAGCUAAGUUCAAGCUUCCCCCAGGUUGUCAGUGGCGGGCAGCAUGAUACCCUCCUGCCCAGACCCAGAGGGGGCGUGUGAUUCCAGGGGCUCAGGAACGGGCUGGGAACCAACAGCCCCACCCUGAAGUGGCACCUCCAGGUGGCUGGGCUCCACCCUUGGCGCUGGUCUGCCAGCCCCUGUCAGGUCACACUGCUUCACCUGCUCACCCCAGCGCCUGCCCCAACCUAGAGAGGCUGGGGACAGGCACAACGAGGGCAGGUCACACAGCUCCACGGGCAGCCAUCCUGCCUGGGCGUGACUCCUGCCCUGCGGGCUUCGGGGCACCUUGAUUAGCCCCUGUGAGGCAGCCUGAGGGACCCCCACAACCUGCCCCUAAGCCCCCAGGACGGUGAACUCCAGCCCCACAUGUCUGGUCACUUGCCCAUUGCCUGGCUCUGGGCAGGGCUGCCUGGGGCAUGGGAAGCAGUGAGGGCAGGCGAGUAUCGAGCUCCCUAGAGCCAGCUCACACCCCUGUCAGUUCGCCAGGCUCUGGCUGUGCACAACCAGCCCUGGGCUCCGCCAGCCACUGCCAGCGUUCUUCCAGCCAAAUGCCCGGCAGGAGGCAGAUGGGGGGGGGUGGACACCGGCUCGGUCACAUGUGGCCCAAAGAGACCCCUGGUGAGUUGUGUGCGUGGGCUGGGUCAGGAGGCUGGGGCAGGGAGACAUUUUCUCCCACCCAGGUGCACCUGCCCAGGGCCCCUGCGCUCAAGAUGCCAUUCUCCCUGAGGUGGUGGCCACCAGCUCCAGCCUGCAGCCAGAAUCCUCCUGGCCCCCCGGGCGUCUAGCCCAGCCCACCCCCCUCUGCCUCUCGGGCCCUUCUGAAUGGCUGUCCCACUGCUGCAGAGAGCCUAGCGUGGCACCAGGACGGGAGUGAGUGUUUGGCUGCAGCGGCUGCUUCCCAGAGAGCCCUGAUGGGGCUUUGAGAGAGACGCCAGCCCAAGCGGCUCCCAGCCCGCGUUUGCCAGGGCCCCUUGCCCUCGCCCGCCAGCCCAGCCACGGCACCUGCCAGGCUGUUCUCUGUGAGAAGGGAGUGAGAAGCAGCAGGCUGGGCUGCGGAGACGGACAGGACGGGGCAUCCCACCAGCAAGGGGCACCGGUGCUGGAGGGACAGGGAGCUCUGCACGGUCUCCAUGAGGGGCAAGAGUUGCUUGUGCAGGGCAGUGAGGAAAGGGGGGCUUAGUGCUGCUGCCCCCCGACCCAGCCGGAGCCCCUGGGCCUGGCAAGCCCCAGCCUGGGCUGGAAGCUUUUCCCGUGUAAAAUGUCAUGGACAGUCACAGCUUUCAGCCGCUGGUCCGUUUUGGGGAGAAGAGCCAGGCUUUUCUUUCAGUUGUUUCCUUAAUAAACUGGUGUUUUAGAAGAA